UUUUGCUAAAGAGGUGGAAAUAAGAUGAUGUUGAAUAUUAUUUUUUCCUAGGAAAUAUGUUACAAGUAGAUAAAAUGAUUUUUGCAUUUUGGAUAUUAUUUUUUUUCCAGAAAAUAUUACUGAAGCAAAAUUGAACAAGUAAAGCAGAACUGUGGAUGGCAGGCUAGAAAAAUUCGUGGUCGCCAUUGUCACACCACAACCUGCAGCAGCUGUAUUCUCAAGUCCCUCCCUCCCACGCCCUGCUCAGCCUGCCAGCCUGGCAGGAAUGAAUGGGCUCCGCAGAGUGCUGUGUGAGUAGUUGCUGCCCACCCUGAAAAUCUGCCGCUGAAAACCAAAAGGAAAAAUUAUUUGUAAAAAAUAAAUUUCCAACUUUAGUGGCCAAACUUACUUACCUCUGAAAUUUCAUCACCAACAUCCAGUGGUACGAAAUCCAGUGACUCACUCUGCAUAGCCCAUCGUUGCUGAGAAUGGAGCCUUUCUAAAUAGCAAGACAAUGUUACUCCAAUUUAUUUCCUAGGGGUGAAAGCAAAGCCUUUUUGUCCCAAGGGGCAACUGAGCAACCACCAGAGUCUCUAGUUGAAUAGCAAGGGUGUGAGGCUGGCUAAAAUUCCCACAGUCAGAAGCCCACUCGCAGGAGGAUAUUUACCAAAUUGACAUAAGAACUGCAUAAAAAGUAAAUGCAGUUAUUGAGCUGAUGUUUCACAGUUGUCUGUAGAUGGAGGCAACAUUGCAAAAUAGUCUUCUUUUUACAUUAUAUUAUUCUCUUCUUCUUUUUAAUUUGGUGUCUUGGUUAUUACUAUUAUUUUGCUUGUUACUUUCCAGACAAAAGUCCAGUGCAGAUAUGUAACUGCACACAUGUAGUACUAACUUCUGAGCUCAAUUAUUUCUCCUUGUAUUUUCCCAAUUUUAUAUCAGGAAAGAUGAUUCAUUCCAAAGGACAAUGCACCACACAAAAUGUGUUACAUAGACUUCUCAUAAAGGAAUACCUCUAGUAAACUAUUAUAACUACUCUACGUGCACUUGCUGUUGAUUAUUGCCAUGUUAGAACUAUUUGUUCGCUUCUUUAUUUAGUAUGGUUAUUAUUUCCAUCUUCCAGUUUUAUUUAGCUAUUCGAGUGUGCAUGUGCCUGCAAAAGAAGCUCUGAAAAUAAGUUAGUUGAACCUGAGAAGCCAUUUUGAAUGACUGUAUGACUAAAUCUUUUUUUUAAAUUAAAAAAAAUCACAAUUACCCAGACCGUUUUGAGCAUUACGCCCAUUUUCUCUCCCACUUUAUUUUUAAAGCAAUUAGAGAUAUUGAACCCUAACAAAAUGUAGUCGAGUUUAAUAUACUGCGAGGGAGGGGCUGGCAGUAAUUUUCCUUUAAAUAUUUAAUCUGAACAUAAAUCUGUUAUUAAGGGUAGGGGGAAAAAACCUCACAUAGAUAAUUUUAACUGCAUUUUGAGGUUUAAGCAACAUAAAGUCUUCCAACCCCAGUCCCCUUUCUUCUUCCGCCCCUCCCCGACCCCACCCCAUAAUGGAUGCUCGGCAGAAUGCUUCUGCACGGUCUCUUUGUCUAAAGGAUGCAAACAGUCUACGGAUGCUAGAGAAAAAGGGGUGGGGGAGAGAUUACCUCAUCCCACGUCGUUUGCACCAAUCACCAGUCUCCUGUCCUGGCUUCUCUGGGCAGAUUGGGGGUCUGGACCAACAGGAACAGGCCCCGGCCCAUCCCCAUGGUGACCGAGUUGUAUAUAUGGAGCCGCAUCCGCCCAUGUGCCGCAGGUUCUCUUACAUCGACCGCCUAAGAGUCGCGCUGUAAGAAGCAACAACCUUCUCCUCCUUGUCUCCGCCAUCUGCUCUGCAGUCGCGAAGCAGCAACCAUGGUGAGAAUCGGCUUUGGCUCUUUGUGGCCGUUGGGUGGAGUCAGCGCCCCCAGGCUCUGCUUGGAAAAUCUUUAAGCUCUUUUCUUUCGUAAGCUCUCUGGGCGAGGGUGGUGGUGUGUUUUGUGAGGUUUAGCUUUACCCCAAAUCCUCCAGCUCCGCCGCCGCCGCAGUGCGGGUGCAGGAACCCGGCCAGGACUGCGCCCAGGGCGCUGCAGAGCGCUGGGGAGGAACAAAGGCGGCGCCUGGGCGCCUGUGUUGUCCUACAGCCUUUCGGGGUCGCGGGCAGCCCGUCUGCCGCAACCGAGGGGUCUCGGGCGUCCCGGCUGGGUCCAGUGUCUGUGCGCACGGUUUCGCAGACGCCGAGGGGCCCCUUUCUGUCUCGCCUCGUUCUCUGGGGACCGGGAGAGGAGGAGGCACCCAAAAAGAGCGGGGGCGUUGGGCGAGCUGGGGGAUGUGGGAGGGGGAACGGGAACAAAGCGCAGCCUGGGGUUAGCGUGGGAAGACCCCUCGCGGUCGUUGGCGUUUUGGAAAGAUAACCACACAUUCCCGGGGAAACAUGCGUGAGUGCAUCUCCAUCCAUGUUGGCCAGGCUGGUGUCCAGAUUGGCAAUGCCUGCUGGGAGCUCUACUGCCUGGAACACGGCAUCCAGCCCGAUGGUCAGAUGCCAAGUGACAAGACCAUUGGGGGAGGAGAUGAUUCCUUCAACACCUUCUUCAGUGAGACGGGCGCUGGCAAGCAUGUGCCCCGGGCCGUGUUUGUAGACUUGGAACCCACGGUCAUUGAUGAAGUUCGCACUGGCACCUACCGCCAGCUCUUCCACCCUGAGCAGCUCAUCACAGGCAAGGAAGAUGCUGCCAAUAACUAUGCCCGAGGGCACUACACCAUUGGCAAGGAGAUCAUUGACCUUGUGUUGGACCGAAUUCGUAAGCUGGCUGACCAGUGCACCGGUCUUCAGGGCUUCUUGGUUUUCCACAGCUUUGGUGGGGGAACUGGUUCUGGGUUCACCUCCCUGCUCAUGGAACGUCUCUCAGUUGAUUAUGGCAAGAAGUCCAAGCUGGAGUUCUCCAUUUACCCAGCGCCCCAGGUUUCCACAGCUGUAGUUGAGCCCUACAACUCCAUCCUCACCACCCACACCACCCUGGAGCACUCUGAUUGUGCCUUCAUGGUAGACAAUGAGGCCAUCUAUGACAUCUGUCGUAGAAACCUUGAUAUUGAGCGUCCAACCUAUACUAACCUGAAUAGGUUAAUAGGUCAAAUUGUGUCCUCCAUCACUGCUUCCCUGAGAUUUGAUGGAGCCCUGAAUGUUGACCUGACAGAAUUCCAGACCAACCUGGUGCCCUACCCCCGCAUCCACUUCCCUCUGGCCACAUACGCCCCUGUCAUCUCUGCUGAGAAAGCCUACCAUGAACAGCUUUCUGUAGCAGAGAUCACCAAUGCUUGCUUUGAGCCAGCCAACCAGAUGGUGAAAUGUGACCCUCGCCAUGGUAAAUACAUGGCUUGCUGCCUGUUGUACCGUGGUGAUGUGGUUCCCAAAGAUGUCAAUGCUGCCAUUGCCACCAUCAAGACCAAGCGUACCAUCCAGUUUGUGGAUUGGUGCCCCACUGGCUUCAAGGUUGGCAUCAACUACCAGCCUCCCACUGUGGUGCCUGGUGGAGACCUGGCCAAGGUUCAGAGAGCUGUGUGCAUGCUGAGCAACACCACAGCCAUUGCUGAGGCCUGGGCUCGCCUGGACCACAAGUUUGACCUGAUGUAUGCCAAGCGUGCCUUUGUUCACUGGUAUGUGGGUGAGGGGAUGGAGGAAGGCGAGUUUUCAGAGGCCCGUGAAGACAUGGCUGCCCUUGAGAAGGAUUAUGAGGAGGUUGGUGUGGAUUCUGUUGAAGGAGAGGGUGAGGAAGAAGGAGAGGAAUACUAAAGUUAAAAUGUCACAAAGGUGCUGCUUUUACAGGGAAGCUUAUUCUGUUUUAAACGUUGAAAAGUUGUGGUCUGCUCAGUUAAUUUGUAUGUAGCAGUGUAUGCUCUUAUAUACAAUUACUGACCUAUGCUCUAAAACAUGAAUGCUUUGUUACAGACCCAAGCUGUCCAUUUCUGUGAUGGGUUUUGAAUAAAGUAUUCCCUGUCUUAAAUGAA